ACACAGGAAGAUAUUGAAGCAAGUUAGAAAUUAUCAAAGUUGUUAGUGGAAAGUUGCUUUAGUUGUCGUCGUCGUUGUUGUCGUCGUCGUUGUUGUCGUCGUCGUUGUUGUCGUCGUCGUUGUUGUUGUUGUUGUUGUUAUUUUUGUCAUUUUUAUUGUUGCAGUCUAUUUGCUUGCUUGGUUGUGUUGUUUGUAUGUUAUUUUUAAUUGAGAAACGCAGACAAGAAACAAAAAAUGGAUGUAUGUCAAAUCUUUUUACUUCUAUCUCUAACUCCACUUGUUGCUACAGAUAUAUGGGCAGACAAUUCUAUAGAUGUAUUUUGCAACAAAGAAUUAUACCGGCGCAAAGUGGAGCGUGAGGGGUGCGUCACUCAACACUUUGUUGUGUAUGCUUGUCUAGGGAACUGUCGUUCGUAUCAAAAACCUUUAAUAGAUAAUCCUUACUUUCAAUCUAUGUGUCAGAGUUGUCGAGCUGUACAAACGGAGAUGAAACAGUUUACCUUAGAUACCUGUCGUAGUGGUAUUGAUAAAUCUGUUAGCAUCGAAUCAGCGGUAUCUUGUUCCUGUCAGAAUUCAGACAACUGCAGUUAACGGAUUAGAGCGAGGGAGCCUGACCCAAAUAACUGUUUGUUUGUUUGUGUAAUUUUUUUUUUAUAAUUUUUUUAACUGGUUGUAAACAUUUUCCAAGCUACUUUUCUUCAGCUAGCCUAUAGGUUUUUUUUAAUUUUUGGACCGGGUACCAAAAAUAAUUUAUGGAAAGAACAAGUAGAUGCAAUCGCCAUGUUCUUCUUGUUUAUCGCUUGUAUUUAUUCAGGUUUCAUGUUGUGUUAUUUAUUUUUGGAAAUAUUUUUUAUUGUUAACUUAUUUUUUAUACUUUUUUAAAGUUGCAACAUUAUUUUCUGGAAGUGAUUUUUUUAAUACAUGCAAUGUUUAAUUGAUUUUGAUUCAAAGCUGA